CUGCACGCACGACCAUCAUAACCAUGUUUUCGGGAGUGAAUAUUUUUUCGAGUGAGUGCUAUAAAGAAGCAGUAAGAGACAAACCAGAGAGGAGGAGGAGGAGGAGGAGGAGACCGAGGGAGCGAAACAACCAUGAGGUUGCUGGUUUGCAAAAUGGAUUGGAACAAAAAACCUCUGGAUCCAUCUAAAUUAAACAUUACAACAAGACCAUUGCAUCAACCUCCUCUUGAUGAGUUAAUGAAUGUUCUAGCAGGAGGAUUGACUACAAAUUUUGCAGAAGCCACUAUCGAUAUAGCUGAUUGCCCUGAUCUUGGAGGAUGGCCCUACAUUUUUUACCGAGAUGGUUUGUGUGGUAGUCCAAUUAUUUUAGAUAUUGGUGGACCAGCAUAUCUUCUACCAACUGCCCAGAAAGACAAAUUUUAUGAUAUUAAACUGUUACUACGUCACUUAAAUUACAAUCAUAAUGCACUUGUCAUUGGUGCUGGAGCUGGACCGUGGCCACAUACAGGUUCCAAUUGCGAGCUUAUUAUGAAAGUAAAUAUAACGGUAAAUAAUAAAGUUGAACCAAGAGAUAAUGGAGUAGGGAAUGGAACGCAUUAUGCAUUUGUAAAUAAGUCCAAUGGAGAAUGCAGACUUGAGAGAGUGCUUGCCAAUGAGGAUGAAACUACUUUUGCAUUAUUGGCUAAUCUAUAUGUAUGCGAAGGCAACCCAGGAAAAGUCAUAAGAGUACGUGCUAAAAGGCGUACCGGAAAGCUGGAUUUUAUAUCGUGCAUGCAGAAAGCAUUGGAGAAUCAUUAUAAAGAUAAGCUCGUUGGCUUGGGCGGUAUGUUCGAGAUGAAGAACGGGAAAGUAAAGCAGCAUGUUAUGCCGGAGUUCUCGGACACUCCAUUGAAUACUGAAACCCAGCUUAACAACUGGUUACAUUUCUAUGAUAUGGAAACUCCUUUGAUAGCUGUUGGCACAUUUGUUAGCGCCGAGACAGAUUUAGAUCUCAGGGUCCAGCAUUUCCAUAGUGCCUCUCAUGAGAAUAAAGUGGGUGGACAUUAUCAUAUUGAUACGACGCCGGAUACUAUUGAAUAUGAAGGCUACUUUAAUGUGGCAGCUACGCUUUAUCGCAUCGAUCAACCUCCUAAUAAAUUGCAAUUUGGGAAAGAUUAAUUCCAUGCAGCGAGUUGGAUUUUAUCCAAAUAACUUUACGCGUAAACCAACGCGAAACUGUCUCAAUCAUACAACAUUGCAGAAAAAAUAUGAUAUAUUUUAUUAUACAAUUUGUACAAUUUAUUUCUAAUACAAUUUUUGCAAAUAC